ACAGGAAGCUAUACAACAUGCUCGUUUCGCUUCAAACGUAACAGGAAAAUAUCAAAGCAAAGGUUUUUAUCAAAUAUCGUGAGGUCACAUUCAGUCUAGCGUCUCGCUUGUACUGUUCGCACGUAAGAUAUAUUAUGUAUCUCAGUAUUUAUGUGAGUUAUUGUUUAACUCUAGUAUUGCUGUGUAGUUGUCAAGUAAACAAUACUAGUGGAGGUGAACGAAAACUACCUGCCCCGCAGAUUGAGGCACUAUUCCCAAGGGGACUGAAAGUUACUGUACCUGAUUUUGGGUUCACAAUCGUGACUUUCCACGGCAACGUGAACAAGACUAUCCGUGACAUAGAGAUAGGGAGUCUGACACUGUGUGACGUCCAGACUCCGAAUGACACCGAGAACAGAGCGUGGGUGCUCCGGGACAACAACGUGAAGUUAAAUUUAGGGGACACCCUGUACUACUGGAUCAGCGUUCAUAACAAGAAGCGGGUCAGUCGACGAACUUAUCCCACGGAGUAUGAGAUUUUUGAAUAUUCCUACGAGGAUCAAAGCUACAGUAUAACCAGCAGUGACCCCACUGACACGUGCCCAGUUCAGGAUUGUGAGGCUUCAGAGACUGUGGUCCAAGGUUCCAAGUCUGUGUGCAAGGGACAGCUGAUAUUUGAUGAGAAAUUCGGAAGAAAUAAACAUGGCCUUAGCAAUUGGCAUGCUGAGGUCAUGUUUCCUGAAGGUCCUGACUUUCCCUCCAACGUUUACAUGGAAGCAGAAACGAUAAGUUUAGAAAAUGGAAAUCUAGUCAUUAAACCCUUGCUGUUGGAGGACUACUACCAUGAAGGAAUCUUAUAUGAAGAACUGGACCUAAGCAAAAUCUGCACAGGUCGCCUGGAGACCACGGAGUGCAGCCGCAGGGCGUCCGGCGCCAACAUCCUGCCCCCCGUGGUCACCGGCAAGGUCACCACGAGACAAACCUUCAACUUCAAGUAUGGCAGGAUCGAAGUCUGCGCCAAACUUCCCGCUGGUAGCUGGCUUGUUCCAGAGAUCAACUUGGAGCCUCGCGACAAUAUCUACGGGAACGGCCGCUACGCAUCAGGCCUCAUGCGAAUAGCCUUCGCCCGAGGGAACCCCAACAUGACCACCAGUCUGUACGCAGGACCGGUCCUCUACAGCAAGGAACCCUUCAGAUCUGCCCUGAUAAAGGAGAAGAUCGGCCAAGAGGAUUGGCAUAAGGAAUACCAUAAUUAUACCUUGGUUUGGAGAAAAGACGGCAUCCAUCUCCACGUGGACUGCGAAGAAUACGGGCACAUCGAACCCGGGACCUUCUUCCAGCUGGCGGAGUCCAGCGGGGUGCAGCACGCCGACCGCUGGCUGUCUGGCACCAACAUGGCGCCACUGGAUGAGCUGUUCUACCUGUCCCUCGGCCUACGAGUAGGAGGCGCGAAUGACUUCCCCGAUGGGGGCGCCAACAAGCCGUAUCAGAACGGGGAGCGGCGAGCGAUGCUCAACUUCUGGGAGCACAGGGACGCCUGGCUCCCCACCUGGACUGACAGCAGUCUGAAGGUGCACUAUGUGAAGGUGUACGCUUUAUGAUUUUUGUAGAUAGUAGGAAUAGUAGAUGGUAUAGCUUUGUUGUACGUGAAGAUAGUGAGACUUAGUUUAUUAUGUAUUUAUUAUG